AUGGCGCUAGAAAUCGAACAGGGCUAUGUCGCCGCCGGCACCUCCCAAGGUGGAGGAGAGGCGGAACUGCCCAUCUUCAAUGUGCAACAGGUGCGAAUGCAGUUUAACAUUGCCUCCGACUUCGUUGCCGGACAGGUCGCCAAUGAUGUCCUCAUUCUGGCUCUCGCGACUGGUCGUAUCCUGAGGAUCGACCUUGAGAGCCCGCAAGAUAUUGAUGAUGUCGACCUGCCGAAGAAGACCAGCGAGGUCGGACUAAUACGACGCAUGUUUCUGGAUCCUUCCGCCUCACAUCUGAUCAUCACGACGACUCUGGGAGAGAACUUUUACCUGCAUACUCAGUCAAAACAGCCCAAAGCACUCUCAAGGUUAAAAGGCGUGUCCAUAGAAACCGUGGCCUGGAACCCUUCGCAGCCGACUGCUUCAACCCGUGAGAUACUCGUCGGCGCAUCGGAUGGCACUGUCUACGAAGUCUACAUCGAGCCAGCGACCGAAUUUUACAGACGAGAAGAAAGAUACUGCACACAGGUAUGGAAGGCCUCGAAAGGCGCAGUAACUGGGCUGUGGGUGGACACUAUUGCUGGGAAGUCGGACUUACGCCGAGUGAUGGCAUCCACACACGCUGCAGUAUAUCAUUGGGUCGGCCGGACAGGCAGUAAGGGCAAAGAAGGUGCUGCAGCUAUAUAUGCGGACAUGCUCCAAAAAGAAAGUCCGGCAACGCAGAAUGCUACCAACGUGUCGCAGACAGCGCCUUCAUCUCUGUCGAUCUCACCUGAAACAACCAACUCGGUAGCCGGCGAGGACGUGGCGCGAAGCUUCGGCUGGCUGUCGUCUCAAGGUGUUCUUACCGGCAAGCUUUCAUCUUCACCAUCAGACUCGGAUCUUGGUAAGAGGAUACUUAGCAGUGCGAAGCUACAUGCCCGGUCAGUGUUUCCGGAGACGGUGUCUGCUCGAGGCGGGCGAAAGCUGAUUCAAGAUCCCAUUCAAUCAAUGGUCUUGACGCAAUGGCAUUGCCUUGCGCUGGCGGAGGGUCGCAUUGUGGCCGUCAAUCGCCUCAAUGGUGAAGUAGUCUACGAUCAAGUCGUCCUUGAUCCUGGUCAGAGCUCUCUCGGACUCGUUUCGGACCAGAAGAAGAACAGCUACUGGCUGUUCACAGCACAGGAGAUCUACGAGAUAAGAGCAGAGGACGAGGAUCGUGACGUCUGGAAGGUCAUGCUGCAAAAUCAGGAUUACGACGCCGCCCUACGCUAUGCAAAAGGAGCGGCGCAGAAGGACUCGGUCGCGACCGCUUCCGGUGACUACCUGUCCGACAAGGGCCAGUAUCUCGAGGCGGCGAGCAUAUGGGGAAAGAGUAGUAAAGCCUUCGAGGAAGUGUGCUUACAAUUAAUCGACAAGAACCAGGACGAUGCGUUGCGGAAGUACCUGCUGACCAAGUUGUCGACUUACAAAAAAUCAUCCUAUAUGCAACGGGUCAUGAUUGGAUGCUGGCUUGUUCAGAUCUUCAUGGCUAAGCUGAACAAUCUAGACGAUACAAUUGCCACCAAGGGCGAGCUUGCCGAGGACACGAGUGCUACAGGAGCAGAGUCAGAGCUUAAGAGGACUCGAAAUGAGUUCCAGGAGUUCGUGUCGAAGCACGAGUCCGAUCUGGAUGCAAAGACUGUAUAUGAGAUCAUAUCCAGUCACGAUCGGGAAGAGGAGCUGCUUCACUUUGCAAACACAAUCACCGACUACGACUAUGUGCUUUCGUACUGGAUUCAGCGAGGAAAAUGGAACGAAGCACUCUCAGUCUUGAACAAAGAGAGUAAUCCUGAAACAUACUACCGGUACAGCAACGUGCUCAUGAUGCAUGUUGCGUCGGGCUACAUCGAAAUACUCAUGCGACGCAAUAAUAUCGAGCCGCAAAAGAUCCUACCUGCAUUGUUGAGCUACAACGAGAAUGCUGGGGACACUCCAUUGAACCAGAACCAAGCAGUCAGGUACCUCAACUUUGUUGUCAAUAACAUGCCCGACAGUCCAGCAUCAGUCCACAAUACUCUGAUCUCAAUCAUGGCAUCACACCCGACGACAUCAGAAGCCUCGCUCCUCAACUACCUGGAAACGCAACCACAACCGCCUCUGUACGAUGCAGAUUUUGCGCUGCGCCUCUGCAUACAACACAAACGAGUCCAAUCCUGCGUUCAUAUCUAUAGCGCCAUGAAUCAGUAUCAGCAAGCCGUUGAAUUGGCACUCGCCCAUGACGACGUCGACCUUGCAGCUAUCGUGGCAGAUCGAUUGGAUGGCGAUGAGAAGAUGCGCAAGAAACUUUGGCUGCUCAUUGCAGAGAAGAAGGUGAAGGAAUCUCCAUCCAUCAAGGAAGCUAUCGAAUUCCUGAAGCGAUGUGAGCUCCUCAAGAUCGAGGACUUGAUACCAUUCUUCCCAGAUUUUGUCGUCAUUGACGACUUCAAGGAAGAGAUAUGCAACGCCUUGGAAGAGUACUCUCAGCACAUUGAAAACCUCAAACAGGAGAUGGAUGUAUCGCAGCAGACCGCAGAGCAGAUCAAGGCAGAAAUUGCCGCCCUCGACAACCGCUACGCAAUCGUAGAGCCUGGCGAGCGAUGCUGGAUCUGCACUCUACCAGUGCUCAGUCGUCAAUUCUUUGUCUUCCCAUGUCAGCACGCCUUCCACAGCGACUGUCUCGGCAAAAGAGUCCUCGAAAGCUCAGGAAUCGCUAAGAAGAAAAGAAUCAAGGAUUUGCAAGCGGACGUGAGCCAAGGUCUAAGUGUUGGACGGCAACGCUUGAAGAUGGUGCAAGAACUCGAUGGCCUGGUCGCAGACUCUUGCGUGCUGUGUGGCGAUCUUGGUAUUCGGCAGAUCGACGAGCCUUUCAUUAAGCCCGGCGACAACGUCGCCGAGUGGGCAAUAUGA